UGCAAUAGUGGGGUCAUGAGGAUACAUGUCUCGUGGAUAUCCAUCUUAACCAGGCUCUGGGCAUGUUUCUGUAACUUACUAAACUGAGAAGUACCUGCAGAAAUAUUCACAAAACAAGAAUCUUAAAACUUGUCUUCCAGCUUCUGUUAUUCAAAAGACUGCAGAUAAUGUGGUGAGGAGACAGAAUGCUUACAGCAUCUCUUUCUUGGGGCAAAAACCACAACAUGUGCUUUUCUGAUUGCUGAUUGGAGCUUUGAUCUGACAACUGGUGUAACGCAUGAAAAUACAAGCUGAAAAAAGCUAGACUGAGACCACAAAAGGAAAGAAGCCAGUAGAGGUGUGAUGCAUCUUUCUAGGACACUUCAGGUGUUUUGACCGGUGUGGAAUGAUGGCUUUGCCUUUGACCUACCUGUGUGCCAUGGUCAUAUUAAUCUAUAUGCCAAUAUGUCAAGCUUUUCUGCCCAACUUCUGGUCACGCGUAUUAACAUUGUCCUGGGAUUCAUAUACACAUCAGCACAUGACGGAGCAAGCUAUACUCAACAUCACAAUGGAAACUGUAAACAAGAUGAUGGAACAUCAACACGAUGUAGAUUAUGAGGAGUUGUAUACUGUGCUCGGUCGGGGGUUUUGGCAUGCUGUGGGUGAAGUAGCAAGUGCUAACGUGGCCAUGGACUUCCUGAGCUCCACACGGUCUGAUCCAAUCUACCAUUUUGACUCUGAGAGAGUGGAUGGAGCCAUACAGAUGCUGCGGGAGUUCUGGGCUCAGACGAUACUGCUGACCCAGGCUAAAGAGUACCAGGGGGCCAGACGUAGCUUGGGACAGCUAUUCCACUCAUUACAGGACUUCUACAGCCACAGUAAUUGGGUAGAGAUGGGUCAGCAAGCAUUGUACCUCCAUCUUCUGCACCCAGAAGAGCCUUCAGUUCCUGUAGCCUCAGUGGACACCCCUACAUGUGCAGAAUGCUACAGAUAUAGCUGUUACAACAAUCUGCUGAAGGAAAUGAUUCACCAGAAAGAACCAUUACUGACUACUGGCUAUUUCAGCACUUAUCCUGUCAAACCACCAGGCAAGUGCAGUCACGGUGGGAUUCUGGACAGUAGUCGUCACCAGGGAGCUGAAGGAGGAAUAAACAAGGACAGCACAUCUCCGUUGUUCUCCCCUCAUCACUUCCUCCACAAAGAAGCUGCCCAUCUGGCUUCCACAGCAACCCUCAGAGUCCUCCAAGACCUCCGCCAUGAGGUGGGGCCAGAAAGCUUCCUCAGGCUCUUCAGUGUCCAGCAGCCCCCAGCAUUGGUUUUUGUCAUGGACACCACCGGUAGCAUGUUUGAAGAGAUCACAGCUGCCCGUCUCCGAGCCUUCUCCAUUAUACAAGCCCGUGAAAAAAGCAGACGUACUAGUCUUCCUGGCACAUUCGUUUUGGUGCCUUUUCAUGAUCCUGGUUUUGGGCCGGUGAUGGAAACAGAUGACCCUGAUCGGUUCAUGCGAGAUUUGGAGAAUCUGACAGCUCUUGGAGGUGGGGAUGAGCCAGAGAUGUGUCUCUCUGCACUUCAGUUGGCUCUGACCCAUAGCCCUCCGUUGUCAGAGAUAUUUGUGUUCACCGACGCCUCUCCUAAAGACAGUCAUCUGCAAAGUGCAGUCCAGGCUCUUAUACUGGAGAAGCAAACAAAGGUGAACUUCUUGCUCACUGAAGAUCCUAAUAUUGGAGGAGGAAGAAAGGGGAUGAAAAAAAGGAAAAGAAGAGAAACUUUAUCUCCUGGUAGAUUCUCUCUGUAUACUUCUCUUUCAUCUUUGUCUGGAGGAAUGACCAUCUUUACUUCAAACAAAGACAUUCACAAAGCGUCAGCCAUUGUUGAAGACACCACCACCUCCAGCAAGGUGACACUGUUUCACACAAACGUUGAAUCGGAUUCAUCAAACUCUUUCAGAGUUGACAGAGCUGUGACAAAAGUGAUGCUGCACAUUACUGGUCAGCUCACAGAUUGUGAGCUUGUCAGUCCAUCAGGUGUUUACCAAUCUCUUUUUGGUAAAGAUGGACCUCUGGCAGUGAUGGACUCAUCUAAAGGUCUAUAUCGAAUAAACCUGCUGCCUCCACUAGAUAUAGGUAUAUGGCAACUUACAGUUAAAGCCAUUGGACCAAUUACAUUUAACGUCCUAGGUGACAGCAGCUUAGACUUUCUGUACUAUUUUGCAAGAGAAGCCAAUGAGACGCAUCCAGGAAUGAGGAAAAUUGAAGGCAGCCCUAUAGCAGGAAUUCCAGUGUUUUUGAUUGUUGCGGUGACAGGUCUCUCACCCAAUGAGGAGGCCUCAUUCAGUCACGUAACCCUAUUAGGGCCAAAAGGGGAGAGCCUGCAGAAAGUUUUGCUAAACUCCUCAUCUUCUCGUUGGUCUGGAGAGGAGCUAGUGGGUUACAUGGACUCAGUUCCCAGGAUGCCAUUUAGCAUGCGUCUCUCUGGAAAAGACAGAAUGGAAAACCUGCUUGAAAGAGUUUCCACUGAGAUGAUUCAGCCGACACAUGUACAGAUACAAGUGCACUCUGCUCCACAACUUCUCCCAGGUCACAGCUCGAAUGUGCUGUUUGAGAUAUUUAAUCAUGGUCCCAACCGUCACUUCAGUCUUUCAGCAGAAGAUGACCAUGGAUUUCUCACCCACCGAGACCAACAAAGGCUGUUUAUUGGUACAAGGGGCUCUGUGAAGAGAGAGGUUGAGAUAAGGACCCAUCAUUCUACUCAGACAGGGAAGGCCAUUACCCUGACAUUGACUGUUCAGGCAGAGGAUUCACCAGACUCAAACUAUGCAGUGGUACACCUGACAGUAAUACCAGAGGAGCCUGAUAAAAAUCCUCCAGCAUGUUCUUCCUUGCAUGUAGAGUCCUCUUGCCCAUCUCUGUGCUCUCAGGGCAACUGGAAAGUCUCACUGUUAGCAAAAGACAGAGGCCACUCUGGACUGGCAUCCAUAGAGCUGGCACAAGGAGAAGGCAGACUCAUUCUUUCUGAAAUUACUACACAGAGACACACAGAACACUUCCCAAAGCUUCACGAAGAGACCACAGGAGGAGUCUAUCUCCCUUUGCUACAGCCACAAAAGAACUCCUCAGAAAUCAAUACUCAUGUUGGAACAAAAGUACACCAUGGACAAAGGGUGGAAGGUGUUCAGGUAAUGUAUGGAGAUCCUCCAGUGAACAUCAGUGAAUGGACAAAGGGGAAGCCCAUAUUAUUGCAUUAUUCAUCAAGCUGCUGUGCAGCGCAUGCAGAGCUAGUACUGAUGGAUAGAGCAGGUAAUUUGAGACGCUGUCAUCUCAAAGCUAGUCAGCAGAGGGCACUACGAGAAAACAAUAGGGCACACAGUGGGGAAUCAACCUCAUGGCUACUUAUGUUAUUGUUGCACUUAGUAUUAAAUGUGCUGUAUGUAAGUUUUUGACUCUUCCAAAGCAUAAAAAUACCAUCAUAUGUUUGCAGAUAUUUAAGAAACAUGCCAAGUGAACAUUCUUGUUUGCUAAGUCAGAUAUUCUGCUUUGAAAAUGUCUGUUACUUGCCGGAUCUCUGUUUUUGUUUUGGUUCUUUUAACCCGCCCACUGGCAGUUUAGCCAAUUAUAUUUCAGCAUCCAGGGUUGCCAUGGUGGAAAAUGUGUAUUUCAUUCAUUCAAUCAGGAAGGCUUUUAAAGUAUUCGUCUGUAACCAAAAUGCGACCUCAGGUGGACAGUAACAGAAUUCAUAAUGAGACGUAGAUUCAGAGUUCCACAUGAGGUUAUUAAUUAGCAAAUAAUAUAAAUAUUACAAACAUAACAUUAGGUGAACAAGUUACAUUGUAACCCUGUGUCCUAACAACAUGCUACAUGUCGAGAUUUGCAGUGAUGAGCAAUUUGGCUGUUUGCACCAGACGAAACACGACAGAAAUUUAAAUACAUCCAUUCAGAAGCACAGAGUAUGCACUCUCUCACGAAAUGGUAAGAUUUAUAAUCUAAUUAAUACAUAUUAAACCUCUUUAACAUUAUUAAAUGUACAAGCUAAAUCACUGAUAUGUGUUGGUUUUGAGUCACAGCUCUAAAGUUCAAAUUGAAACAGUUUAUUAUAUUUUCAAGAUUUGAGGUAAACUAUCUUCUGCUGCUCUCAGUAGUAUGGCAAUAAAUGUCAGGUAAAAUGGCAUUCAAACUCACAUUGUUAUCAUUUAACAUUGAAUAAAGCACAUGAAGUGUACCUGAGGUGAUAUAUUCUAAUAUAUCAGUAUCGAAGUGUUGGUUAAAACAAAAACUCUUAAUAUGGAAAAGAUUCCUUCAAUCACGUGCCGUUCCUAUUGGUCAUCAAUCUGGCAACCUGCACUUGCGUUUGUUUUGGUCCAGGAAUGCAAUACCUAGUUCAGACACUGGGUGUCAAACUUACAUACUGCCCCUUUAAGUAAGCUCUAUGAUUAAUGAUGAAAUUUCCUUGUUUUAUUAUUUACUAUGUAACUGUGUGGCCUCAGAUGCCACCAAAAUUUUAUUUAAGGGUAGGGGAUGCCAAGGGUUUCCUGAAAAUAGUUUACAUUUUGUUCCAAAAACAGAAAGUUUGGUUUUGGUGGCAAAAGUAAUUUUUAUGGUUAUUCUUUAGAUAUUGGUGAUAAUAAUGAGAGAAAAACACAGAUUAGGAAUGACCCUGAAAGUACAAGCCAUUUUAUUUAGUGAAUCAAAAGCUGUAGAGCCAAAAUGAAUUACUGUUUGAGUGACGCAUAUCUAGUGAAUCAAAAAAUUAUUCUAAGCAUUACUGGGUUAAAUACUGAAUCGCUUACCAGAUUUACCAGAAUUAGAAUCGCUUACCAGAUUUACCAGAAUUAAAAAAAAAAGAUUUUAAGCAUUGCUAAAUUAAACACUGAAUCGCUUACCAGUUUGUCCCAAACUUAUCAGACAAAUCUUCAAAUUUGGUACUUCAUGUCUGACUAAAUUAACCAAAAAGUCUUACUUGGUUACAUUUAAAUAAAGCAAGAUUUUAAUCAAUGAUAAUUUGACGUCAGUUUACAGAACCAAGGUGGUUCAAGUCUAGUACAUUUUAUUGUGAUUAACUUAAAAAAUUCAAUAAAGGGAUCUAAGCUAUUACCUGAACCAGACACUUUUCUGUCCUAAAAAUGUAUAUUUUUAAAAAUUUGUGGGUAAUGUAGUCCUCAUCUAGAUGUUGAACACUUUGUUGAAAUUUAAAAUUGAAUGUUGGUUUCCUCAAGUCAGACUAUCUCUUUUUAUUUUUAGAUUUGCUCAUUAAAGUGCACUCUAUAUUGUUUGUCUUUUAAAAUGUAAUUUCACAUGUACCCACUGUUUUAAUUAUGAUGUGCA